AUGAGAGGCGUACCAAGCAAUAUCUACCACCAUGUUUACACCUUCUCCUUUUUCCUUGUCUUCAUUCUCUCUCGUCCUUCUUGUUCAACCCAUGUCAAUACAUUGUCAUCUAAAGAUUCUCUUACAAUCUCAAGCAACCGAACCAUUGUGUCUCCCGGUGAUGUUUUCGAGCUUGGUUUCUUCAAACCCGCCUCAAGUUCUCGUUGGUAUCUUGGAAUAUGGUACAAGAACAUUCCCGAGAGAACUUACGUAUGGGUUGCCAACAGAGACAAACCUCUUCCCAAUCCCCUUGGAACUUUCAAAAUAUCUGGCCCUAACCUGGCUAACCUAGUACUCAUCGAUCAGUCCAAGAACAUUGUUUGGUCGACGAAUCUCACCACAAGAUAUGUAAGAUCUCCGGUUGUCGCAGAGCUUCUCGCUAAUGGCAACCUCGUGCUGAGAUACGCCAACAACAAGAACAACAGUAACCCAAGUGGAUUUCUUUGGCAAAGCUUCGAUUCUCCGACUGACACUUUACUUCCGGAGAUGAAACUUGGUUUUGAUCUCAAAACAAAGUCCAACAGAUUCCUUACAUCUUGGAGAAGUCCUGACGAUCCUUCAAGUGGUGACUUCUCGUACAAACUCGAAACUCGUGGCUUUCUUGAGUUUUUCAUACGGUCGGAAGACUUUCAAGUGUACCGGACCGGUCCAUGGAACGGAAUCCGGUUUAGUGGCGUACCGGAGAUGCAAAAAACGGAUUACUUGGUUCACAAGUUCACGGAGAAUAAAAAAGAGAUCGCCUACACAUUCCUAAUGACCAACCACAGCAUCUACUCAAGAUUGACGUUGACUCCUUCAGGAUAUCUUUAUCAAUCCACGUGGCUUCCGGAAAAACGACGAUUCGAGCCUAAAGACUCGCAAGCGUGGGGUUUGGGAGAUUGGUCACAUGGAUGUGUAAGGAAGACAGUACUAAGCUGUCGCGGUGAUGGGUUUUUACGGCUGAGGAAGAUGAAGUUGCCGGAUACUACAACGGCUAGUGUGGACAAGAGCAUUGGGAUAAAGGAAUGUAUGAAGAGGUGCCUCAAGAAUUGUAGUUGUACAGCGUUUGCGGAUGCUGAUAUCCGAAAUGGUGGGUCGGGUUGUGUGAUUUGGACCGGAGAGCUCGUGGAUAUCCGGAAUUACGCCGAGGGAGGUCAAGAUCUUUACGUUAGAUUAGCUUCUGCUGAUCUUGGUUACUAG